AUGGGCUCAGUGAACUCCAGAGGUGACAGAACAGAAGCUCAGGUGGUGAUAAUGGGCCUUGACUCAGCAGGCAAGACCACGCUCCUGUACAAACUGAAGGGCUUCAAGGUGGUGGAGACCCUGCCCACUGUUGGCUUCAACGUGGAACCUCUCGAAGCUCCUGGCCACCUGUCUCUGACGCUCUGGGAUGUGGGAGGACAGACCAAACUGAGGGCCAGCUGGAAGGACUAUUUGGAAGGCACGGAUAUGCUCGUGUAUGUACUGGACAGCACAGACGAAGCCCGGCUGCCCGAAGCAGUGGCUGAGCUCAGAGAAGUCCUGGACAACCCCAACAUGGUCAACAUCCCUUUCCUGGUGCUGGCCAACAAGCAGGAGGCGCCUGAUGCCCUCCCGCUGCCGGAGAUCAGGGGCAGGCUGGGCCUGGAGAUGUUCCAGGACCGCCCUUGGGAGCUCCGAGGCUGCAGCGCCCUCACGGGGGAGGGGCUGCAGGAAGCCCUCCAGAGCCUGCAGAACCUCCUGAAGGCCCACAGCCCCCCGAGUGCUGAGGAUGGGAGAGCAGGAAGUCCUGACUGA